CAACAAGAAGCCGCUCUCAUCUCAACAACCUCCUACGACGACCGCGUGGCCCUCGCUGCGCACGUGACGGAGGACAAAAGAUCCUUCGACCACGCGCAAGAAAUCCGGUACAACGUACGGCAAAGUCUGCUUUACAUGAUCGCGUGGCUGCAGCGGGACUGCUGCUCCCCGCUGCCGGCGGAACAAAUGCUCCCGUCCGCGUCGGUCGGGGACAGCACAAAAGUUCCGGUUUUCGUCCUGGACGACUUGGCAACCUUGGAAAGGAGUCGCUGGCAGCUGUGGCACGAUUUGGUCUACGGGGUUUUUGUAUGCAUUGCAAAAGUAUCGUACUAGUAUAAAUCGCAAUACAAAUAAUUUUUCCAGAAGGAAAAAUGGAAUUUGUAAUGCUGAUUUCGCUAAGAAACAAGAUUUGUAAUGCAUGACUGCAAUUACUACGAGUGCGAUACUUUUGCACAGGAUAUUUUGGCGAGGACAAGUUCUUGAAGAUUGUCAUGGAGGAAAGGGGAAAGAUUGAAGAAGAUGCUGGGGGGAAAGAAAAAACCGAUGAAAUGACUACGAAGAAGAAAACAACUGGAAUAUCAACUGCUGUGGCUUGUAAAAAUAUUGCGGACCUGGCCGUGCGGAUUCUGUUGCAACUCGUGCUGGAUCGCUCCAACCCCGUGGAAUUCGUGACGGAGCUGCUUGUGCCAGCGACUUUGCUGGUAACGGAACUUUAUUUUGGAGAGGGAUCUACUUCUACUUCAUCGUCAUCCUCCCUUUCGGCCGACGCGACUGCUUUUUCCGGCACCGUCGACGCGAAGAGCAAGAAAGCGCGUUCUGCUCCAUCGUCAAAACGCCAGCUUGCUGAUGAAAUUGAAAAACGUCAAGAACUAAAUCCACUCCUCAGCCUUCUCUACAAACACGAACGACAACUCCGGGCCACGACGAGCAAGAAGCAUUUCUGGCUUCCGGACGAAAACAAAUUUACGGAAUUCUGCACCUAUUUUGAAAAAAUAUGUCCAAAAGAUGCGGACCUAGCGAUCGCGAUGGCGCAGAAGCAAGCGGAAAACGGGGAUAUCACUUGCGACACUGAUUGCCUCACGGCGGUGACGCUCCACUAUUCUUUUGGAAUAAGCAGCAGUGCAGUUCCUGGAGGAGGUCCAGCAUCUGGAGCAGUUUCAGGUAAAAGCUUCGAAAAAAUGCAGGAGCCGUUGUACAAUUUGCGGAAACUGUUUUUGGAGGAGGAUCACAAGGCUGCUGCAAUUGAAGCAGGAGAACCGGAAGCAGAAGAAGAGGACUCAGCCGCGAUCUGGAUCUCCGAUACCUACCAGUUCCGUUGGCGCAAGUUGAAGAAGACCGCGGAAAGGAUUUUGAAAAGGCACCCGAAAGUCCCCGGGGUGAGCUUUAGCUUGCUCAGGCCGGAAGAUCAUUAUCAUGCGACAGGUCCUCGAGGAGCUCCACUACGGUGCAAGAUCGCGCAAAAUAUCACCGCCGGUUUUGCGCACGGCGAUUUCGAAACGAUUUCGGAGCAAAGAGUUGCAGUGGGCGCGAAAGCAAACGGCGCGUCAAGAACUUCUUCUACUACAGGGACGACGAGUCAGGUGAGCAGUGGCAGAAGGCAACUGAAUCUGUGUUACAACGCGAAGGAAAACAAGACUAGCUCUCCUGACUCCGCAUCAUACAGAAAGAAAUCCUUCUCAUGUGUCAGAUCAUCUUCCGCGACCACCAGCGGAUCCAACAGUCAGCUUCCACUCUUAGAAGAGGAAGAGGACGAGUUGGAGCACAAACCCAAUCUCCUCCGACCCGGUCACAAACUCCAAAUCGCUUCCCUAUCGAAGACGAUUGCAGCGGCAAUGGCUUUGGAGCAUUUCAAGAAGGAAAAGAUCAACGUCUUUACCACGUCCGUGAAUGAAGAGUUCAGGAGAAUUGCGAGGAAAAGGAAAAUGAAGUUGGAAGACACUUUUCAACUGCAAAAUGACCCGUCUUUGAUGACGAAAACAAGCGAAGUAGAGGGGGAGACAAAAACGGAGGGCUCGUUCGCCGAAUCCGUGAAGAUCUGCCAUUUGAUGAACCACUGCGGGUUAGGAAUGCACUAUAUGGCGUUCUCGAGCGUUACAUUCUCAACUGUUACAUGAUUUGUCAUGCAAAAUGAGCAUCAACGUCCACACGGUGAAGCUACUUCGCAUGACAAAUUUUUGAAGGGCUAAACAGCAUGGGAAUCUGUGCCAAAAUUGUAAUGCAAGAGUUGCAAGAUCCGCCCUUUCCCUGUUGCCAUUCUUGCAUGACAAAUCCAUGUAACAGUUGAGAAUGUAACAAUUGAGAAUCCCAUACACUACGUGUUUGGCUUGGAGAAAAGACCGAGGAUAAAGUACCUUCUGGACAACCUGGAGAAGCACAAGUACGAUCCGGAGGGGUUGAUCGUCACUAGGAAACCUGGCUCGAAAUUCCAGUACAGCGGCGGAGGGUUUCUGGUCCUGCAAUUGUUGCUCGAGUUUUCCUACGACGAUAAGCCGAUCGGGGAAAUAUUGAGGACGGAGUUUCUGGCGAAAGCGGGAGGAAAUUCUGCUUUGAGGAAGUGGAACGUGUUCUCGACACAUGAGGAGCUGUUGGAAGCGAGCACUGGUAGUUUUGGCGUGUUAAAUGUUGAAAAACCGAAUAAAGCUAGUGCCGGGACGUCUCCACUUAUUCCCGCUGGCAUUCCCGAAGGGCAACCACCGAAAAUCCCCCCCGGAAGCGAAUUUGCCAACGGUUACAAGGACGACGGGUCUGUAGUCAGCCGGCUUUUCUUCCCCGAGCUCGCGGCUGGUGGGGAGUGUAGCUGCUUUGAAAUGGCGGGAUUUCUAGCCGAUCUGUGCAAUGCGUACAACGCAACAUCAGAGACAGAAAACGAUGAUGUGCAUCAAAGAACUGCAGCUGCUGGUGCAGAAGAACGUUCACCUUCGAACCACUACACCUUCCCGAUCUCCCACGACACGGCUGUGCAAAUGCUGUACACCGACGGCAGGUUGGACAACGGAUGUCAAGAUUUUAUGAAAUCGGACCAGGGGCUCGGCACUUUCGUCACCUCGGUCGGACCCAACAAGGUCGCCUGCCACCAGGCGGCGAACGACGGAUUUCGGGGCUUGUACUUAGUCUGUCUCAAAGGCCCCGACUGCGGGAAGGGAAUUGUUUUGGUUUCCAAUGGAGACAACGCCGCGGUCCCGUUUAAUUGCGAGCUGGUUGCAGAAGUGUUGAGAAUCGAGGGCUGGACCGGGUUGAAGAAGAGGCAAGAGAAUGCAAAGCAGAGCACAAGCACUACUAUUGCAGCAUCUUCUGCCGCAGCUUCUUUCGAUGUUGUCAGCCAAAAUCUAAAACAAGCGGAAAUUGUGAACCAGGGUCUGAAGCAAUUGCUAUUCGAGAAGCACUUCCAAGAAGACUUGCCAGCGGACAACCCUACCUGGGUGAAAAAACGGAGGAAGAAGGACGUUAUUUCUGAAGCGAAUGUAAUAUCCCCGUCAACUGUGAAAAUCUUGAAGUGCAGCGACCAGCGGUUUUCGAGGGUGUCGAACUUGUUCAACAGUCAGUUCCUUCCGGUGUUUGAGCUGACCGCCUUCGGCCCCGACGGGAAGAUUAUGGACAGUUGGGAGACAAAGCGGCAUUGCACGAUAGAAGAAGGCGACUUUGUCCGCUUUUCGAUUUCUGGUAACCCGCAACAGCGGAACAAUUGCUUCAACUUGGUCUACAUCAGCACUAUUUAUCACGACGGGAACCACGCGCCGGGGUGUGAUUUGCGAAUGGUGGAUGGAAAAACAGGCGGCGCAAUAAAAUCUCUCUUCAACGGCAAAAUCGAGCUACAGGGCCACUCCGCACAUUGGAUCUACCUACCAGAAAAGAUCGACCCUUGUUCCGCGGACGAUGAAGGAAAUAGAACCGUUUUCGAGUUCCGCAACAUUCCGGACGGUGGGAUCUCCCGCCUUGGCUUCUUCAAUAAGGAUUACUUGUUGAGCCGCAUUGCGCAGUUGGCAAAGGAGGCGGAAAUUGGAGCGGAGGAUCCUGAGCAAUGGGCGGAUUACAUGGGAUUUAUGAACUGGUAUUACGAUCUACCGAAGAAGCCAGCGGAGCCUGAAAUUUUCCGAGCCCGCUACAAAUUCGAAAUCGGUAAUCAGCAGAAGGAGCACGACGACGCAACUCUUGACAAAGAGAACAGCGAAACUUCUGAUGUAAGGGUUUCUGCUGCGGGUAACGUUGCUGCAGAUCUUACAGACUCUUUUGCCGAGAAUGUCCGCCUAAGCGCUGCGUCAGAUGGCGCAUCAAAACCAUCGCUAUCAAAGUUCGAACUCGUCAAGGUCACCAACCAGCACUAUGGGAAGGCAGAGAGACUGUUUUCCUCAGACCCGCCUCUAGGUAUGCAUGACGGGUUUGAGACGAAACGAACCCGUGAAGUGGACGGGUUUCAAGAGGCAGUGUUUCGGGUUCCGGUACUGAUAGAUAAUUUCUAGAUGAAUCUAGGUACUUCUACUUUCUACAAUACAUGUUUGCGUUUGUGAUUCCUGUAUUCUUUGAACAUACUGCUUCAGUUUUACCUACGUCAACGAAAAAGAACCAAAACUUUUGUACAAAACAAACACCAGCAUUCCCUGCUCCACGGCACGAGAACGAGCAGGCAGAAGCUUUCCGGCGCGGAGUUCGACUUUACCUAUUUCGUCAACAACAAUCCAUCCUAUGUCGAACUGCUAUUGGGUGAUUCGGAAACCGACCUGACCACCCAGCUGGUGCCAAAAACGUUUUCCAAGCCGUACCGGGGAGACAAGAUGGUGGUACCGAUUACGGUGCAGCACGAGUUUGAAGAGGACAGUAGCGACGAGGAAGAGGAAAUAUUAGCACAGCAGUUUGUCUUCAUUGCAGUGAGGCUGUUCCCCUGUGGAGGGGUGAACAGGUUGAAAUUUUUGUACAACGCUGGAGGUUCUUGAUCAAGAUCGACGUCCUAUCGAUGAUUCUGUGCGAUACUACCGUGGACUUUUUCAAGGAAAUUUUUGCAAGAGACCUAUAUCAUGUACAUCUUUGGACCGCAGAUCGGUUUUGCGCAUGCAGUUUCAAUUUGAGUUUUUCCACGCAAGCAAUAGCAAACAAUAACAAUCCAUUUCUUGCUGGUAUCUAUCUGCUCGGAGGUGCAGGCGCUUCUACAACCAAAUACCUUGGCCGGCG